GUGGCGGCUGUAGGGGGCGGAGUCGGUCGGAGCGAGGCGGGCGUAGGAAGAGCUGCCGCGGCGCUGUCUGUCCCUGUGCGUACACGGACACAGAUACGGACGCGGGCCCUGGCCCAGAGGGACAGAAGACUCAAGCCGCCCCAGCCGUCGCGCGCCGCCAGACCAGUUGAUUCCUGUGGCUUUUUCAAUGAUCGUUUGAUGGAAAUGCACUGGAUACAAGAAGCAAACUCUACCUUGUUGCAGUAGAAGCAUUCUUAGCCUGCCUCCUGACUGUGCUCCCCAGUGUUGGGCAGGAGCAGUGACAAAGAUCUCUAAUUGAAGAGAAGAAAACAUCAUUUGGGAAACUUUUUCUCCCCCAUAUUUUUACAUUUUUAUUUUGUUUCCACUUUAUAAAUGGUCAACAUUGAAGAAGCAGACGACACCCCUGGAAGCAUUCCACUCCCAGUCAAGCACUGAACUCAAGGGUGUUGUCCAGAAUCUUCACAAAGCAGAGCAAGUUUCUGCUGGAUUGUUUCUACCCCUAAGGCAGUCCAAGAUCUUAAGGCUACAAUAGACACACACACUUUUUAAAAAUAGCAGCUGUAUGAUUGGGGACAAUGAAAUUAAUAUUUUAAAUGCCCUCUCAUGUGGCCGUUUCUCAAUUGAGUUGACUCUCCAAGUUCAUAGUUGUUUUCUAUUACUUUAAAAUUAUAUUUUUCCUUUGCCACCUACCCUUUGCUAACACAUGACCACAUUUGUCUUGCUAGCCAUGGCCUUGCUAUGAAUAGCAUUGGUACCAACUCCCUAGAUCCUCAUGUACCAUCUGCUUCAGCAACAACAUAGUGCCCACCCUGAAGGCAGGUGAAUGAGCUGAACAGAGGUGUGUGGUUCCCCCUCCCUUUUUUUAAAUGUAACCAGACACCUUUUUCUGUUCUCCCCCUCCCCCUCCCCCCUUUAUUUGGGUAAGUGUGAGAAACAGUAGUUUAAAAUGAGCAACUGAGGGGGCAGAGGGCUGGUCAGCACAGGGCGUGGCUUUCAGUGCCUCGCGUAGGCGUGCUGCUGCCCAGGCCACCCCAGCCCCUCUUCACACAAGGAUAACGUGAAAGACCCAGCUGGGCCAAGCAUACGGAGUUGGAGGACCAGGAGCGCAGAGGUUACACUCUGGGAUCCUGGCCAUGAGGUUUGAUGCCUCCUCACCUUGCUGAAGAGAGACACUGGACCUAAAUGGCGCAGCAUGACUUCGUCCCUGCUUGGCUUAAUUUCUCCACACCACAGUCAGCUAAGGUAUCAAGACCAUAUUUGUGUCAUAGAAGGAAUUUGUCUCCUGCAGCCACCUUUGAAAAACAUGGAGAGCACCUAUCCCGAGGAGAAGGACGAUUUGGAGUGAGUCGCCGGAGACAUAACUCCUCUGAUGGUUUUUUUAACAAUGGGCCCCUACGGACUCCAGGAGAUUCCUGGCACCAACCCUCCCUGCUCCGCCAUGACUCCGUAGAUUCGGGUGUCUCCAAGGGCACGCAUGCCGGACUCGCUGGGAACCAGUCCGGCUGGCAUGGCUCUGCCCGGGGUCACGAUGGCGCGAGCCAGCGCGGCGGGGGGGGAGCAGGGACCCACCGCCACUGGAAUGGCAGCUUCCACUCCCGCAAGGGCUCUGCCUUUCAGGAAAAGCCACCUACUGAGGCCAGGGAAGAAAAGAAAGAAGAGAAGGCGGAGAAGUUGCAGUUUGAGGAGGAAGACUUUCCAUCUUUGAAUCCAGAAGCUGGGAAACAGAAUCAUCCAAGCAGACCUGUUGGGACCCCUUCUGGAGUAUGGGAAAAUCCUCCGAGUGCCAAGCAGCCUACCAAGAUGCUGGUCAUCAAAAAGGUUUCCAAAGAGGAUCCUGCUGCUGCUUUCUCUGCUGCAUUCACCUCACCAGGACCUCACCUUGCAAAUGGGAACAAGCCCACAACUAUUGUCCCAAGUGUCUACAAAAACCUCGUCCCAAAGCCGGCAGCACCUCCUUCCAAGCCCAGUCCAUGGAAAGGCAGCAGGACAGAACACAAAGCGGGCUCGCUCUCCUCUAGCCGCGAUUCUGCCUUUACCAGUCCAGUUGCUGUCACCAAACCAGUAGUACUGGCAAGUGGCUCAGUACUUUCCUCUCCCAAAGAGAGCCCCUCCAGCACCACCCCUCCCAUCGAGAUUAGCUCCUGCCGCCUAACCAAGCUGACCCGUCGGACCACAGACAAAAAGAGUGAAUUCCUAAAGACUCUGAAGGACGACCGGAAUGGAGAGAUCUCAGAGAACCGAGAAUGUGACAAACUGGAGGACAUGGAGGGGAACAGCACACCAGAACCAAAGGAAAAUGGGGAAGAGGGCUGCCAUCAAAAUGGCCUCACUCUCCCCCUAAUGGAGGAGGGAGAAGGCCUUUCUCUCUCACUGGAAGCAGAACACAGGUUGUUGAAAGCAAUGGGCUGGCAGGAAUAUCCCGAGAAUGAUGAGAAUUGUCUUCCCCUCACGGAGGAUGAGCUGAGAGAAUUCCACAUGAAGACAGAGAAGCUAAGAAGAAACGGCUUUGGGAAGAACGGUUUCUCCCAGAACCGUCGCCUCUCCAGCCUCUUCGCCCCUUGGAGAAAUGCUUUGAACCCUGAGGCCGAGGACUCAGGCACAGAGACAAGCAGCAGCGAAACUUCGGAUGAUGAGGCCUGAGCCGUGACCUGUCCAGCUCUGCUCCCCGUCAGGGUUGUAUAAAUGAAACCGCUCUUUUUCCUUUCUUUGUUCAUUGCUGUUGAAUCCUUCGUGCACAAAGGGAAUGAUCCCAAAGAAGAGAGAUUGGCUUGUUUGGCUUUUUUUUGGGGGGGGGGGGUUCAGCCUGUUCUAUGCUUAAUAGAGGCAAGUUUGUAUAGCUGGGAAAUUUGUGACAAAAUAAAUAUAUAAGUAUACAUAUACACACAAAUUUCUAUGUGUGUAAGACAGUAAACUCGUCUGGCAGAACUGGUGGCAGAAGCGAGCAAGAGUCCGACUUUGGCAGCCAAUAGCUUUCUAACCCAGCCCCACCCACCCCAGCCGGCCCCCCCUGCCUGCCCUGGGCCCUCUGGAGCCCAGGACUACUCACAAUGUGCUCACACAAUCAUUGUCAGUGACAAAAUGACUAUGGAAGUUAUCAUUGUGUUCAAUUAAUGCAAAUAACAUGGAUUUUUAAUUGUCUUUGAUUUUUGGCGGCUCGGGCAGCUUUCAUCACUUAACCAAGCAUUUGUGGGUUUCCUUUUUUCCUUUUUGGGUACAGCUGUAAAAUAUUUGGAUAUAGGAAUUGUUGUGUUAUUCUUGCAGCCUUGAUAUUCAGGGUGGAUUGUAAAAUAGAAAUUUUUGUGAGAUUUCAAAGAUUAAGAUUAUUUUGAUAACAUUAUUUACAGAUUUUAAAAAGUGGUUAUCACAUGAGUCUGUAUAAGGGGAAAACUACUGCAUCAAAAAUAACUAACUUGGAAUAAAUAUUUUGCAUCAGUUUGCCA